AUGGCCACCCCACCACCCCGCGCAAUAAUCGUCGGCGCUGGCAUUACCGGCCUGCUCCUCGCACAGGCCCUCAAGAAACGCUCUAUCCCAUUUGUCAUAUACGAGCGGGAUCCCACCGCCGACCAUCGCGGGAAGGGUUGGGGUAUCACCAUCCACUGGGCACUCGACGCACUCCUCUCGCUGUUACCACAGCACAUCAUCGACCGCCUGCCAGAGGCUUACGUCGACCCGGAAGCCAGCCGAAAUGGCGACAAUGGCAACUUUCUAUUCUUCAAUUUGCGUACGGGUGAAGCUCUAUGGAAGGUGCCGCCCAACAAGCGAAUCCGCAUGGCGCGUGAGAAGUUCCGUCGCUUGCUGAUGGAAGGGAUCGAUAUCCAGUGGUCCCACACCCUCCAAGACUUCCACCACUCCCCCAACGGCGUCACCGCAACCUUCACCACGCCCAGCAACCCCCAGCACAGUAUUACCGCCCCGCUCCUCAUCGGCGCCGACGGCUCCCGCUCCGCCGUGCGCCGCGCCCUCUUCCCGGGCUCCCUCAGCGCCAACACCCCGCUCCCCGUGCGCCUCCUCGGCGUCAGCACCGUAUACCCGGCCGCCCUCUCACUCACGGCCCGCGCCCUCGACCCGUUCUUCUACCAGGCCGGCGACCCGGCCACUGACGCCUUCCACUGGUUCUCCUUCCUGGACUCGCCCUCCAGCAACGACCGCCAAGGCGAGGCCGCCGCGGGCCACGACUGUCAGAUCCUGGUCUCCUGGCCUUUUCGCGCGGGGUUCUUGGGGGAUGACGAGAAGCCGACGGAGGUCCCGGUGGGGAAUGUCGAGCGCGUGAGGCUCAUGAAGCGUGUGGCGCGUGGGUGGGCGCAGCCGUUCGCGGGGAUCGUGCAGGCGAUUCCCGAGGAGGCUGAGUGCAAGAGUAUUGCGCUGGAGGACUGGGUGCCGCCGCUCGCGGGGGAUCGGGGGUGGGAAGCGAGGGAGGGCGCGGGCAGGGUGGUGCUGGUGGGGGAUGCGGCUCAUGCGAUGACCAUGUUUCGUGGCGAGGCGGCGAAUCAUGGCAUUGUGGAUGUGCAGGUGUUGGUGCGAGAGGUGGGUUCGUUGCUGGAGGGCCAGGACGAGUUGGUAUUCGAGCGGGAACGGGAAUUGGAGGAGGCAUGUCGAAGGUACAGGCGGGAAAUGGUCAAGAGGACGAGGCCUGCGGUGUUGAACAGUCGGCAGGCUUGCUUGGAUGCCCAUGUCUAUGAGAGAAUCAACGAUGAGAGCCCGCUGAUCAAGCGCAGGAUUGCUGUGGCCGAGGAGUGA